AAGGAACCGAACAGCAGAGCUCGGCAGCAUGAGCAGGAUAAGCAGAAGGGUGAUAUUGGGAUUGAUGCAGUGUUGGGAUGAACCUUCUCUGUCCUUCUCCUCUCAUCUCUCCAUUUCCCACUGCAGGAUGAGAAGAACCAAAUGAUGACCACAAACGUUUGGCUGAAGCAGGUAGGAGUCUGUACCAUCCAUGGGGCCCAGGCUGGAGAGAGUAAAAAGGAGGGGGAUGGUAUCGGGCAGCUCAGUCCCACCAGACCCAGGGUCACCUGGUGCCCUCCUUGCCUCCUUCCAGGAGUGGAGUGACUACAAGCUGCGCUGGAACCCGGAGGACUUUGACAAUGUCACCUCCAUCAGGGUGCCCUCUGAGAUGAUCUGGAUCCCCGACAUCGUGCUCUACAACAAUGCCGACGGGGAGUUUGCUGUGACUCACAUGACAAAGGCCCACCUCUUCUCCAAUGGGAAAGUGAAAUGGGUGCCACCCGCCAUCUACAAGAGCUCGUGCAGCAUUGAUGUCACCUACUUCCCCUUCGACCAGCAGAACUGCAAGAUGAAGUUUGGCUCCUGGACAUAUGACAAGGCCAAGAUUGACCUGGAGAACAUGGAACACCACGUGGACCUCAAGGACUACUGGGAGAGUGGCGAGUGGGCCAUCAUAAACGCCAUUGGCAGGUACAACUCCAAGAAGUACGACUGCUGCACUGAGAUCUACCCAGACAUCACCUUCUACUUCGUCAUCCGCCGCCUCCCGCUCUUCUACACCAUCAACCUCAUCAUCCCCUGCCUGCUCAUCUCCUGCCUCACCGUGCUGGUCUUCUACCUGCCCUCCGACUGCGGUGAGAAGAUCACACUCUGCAUCUCCGUCCUUCUGUCCCUCACCGUCUUCCUGCUGCUCAUCACUGAAAUCAUCCCCUCCACCUCUCUGGUCAUCCCGCUCAUUGGCGAGUAUCUCCUCUUCACCAUGAUCUUCGUCACGCUCUCCAUCAUCAUCACUGUUUUUGUCCUCAAUGUGCACCACCGCUCCCCCAGCACCCACACCAUGCCCCACUGGGUGCGUAGCUUCUUCCUGGGCUUCAUCCCCCGUUGGCUCUUCAUGAAGCGACCCCCUGUGCUGCUCCCUGCUGAGGGGACAACGGGUCAAUAUGACCCUCCGGGGACCAGGCUCAGCACCUCCCGCUGCUGGCUGGAGACCGAUGUGGAUGACAAGUGGGAGGAGGAGGAGGAGGAGGAAGAAGAAGAAGAGGAGGAAGAGGAAGAGGAGGAGAAGACGUAUCCCAGCCGUGUGCCCUCAGGGGGAUCCCAGGGCACCCAGUGCCGCUACAGCUGUGGACGCCAAGCGGGCAAAGCAUCAGGGGGCCCAGCCCCACAGGUGCCCCUCAAGGGGGAGGAGGUGGGCUCUGAUCAAGGGCUGACACUGUCACCCAGCAUCCUGAGGGCCCUGGAGGGUGUGCAGUACAUCGCGGACCACCUGCGAGCAGAGGAUGCUGACUUCUCGGUGAAGGAGGACUGGAAGUACGUGGCCAUGGUGAUAGACCGCAUCUUCCUCUGGAUGUUCAUCAUCGUCUGCUUGCUGGGAACCGUGGGGCUCUUCCUCCCACCCUACCUGGCAGGGAUGAUUUAGGGAUCAGGGGGUAAUGUGGGUACCUCUCACAGCAUCAUGACCAUGGAGGUCACUUGGGUGGGAUGUGCAGCAGUGUGGUGGGAAGCAAAAGGUGUGCUGGGAGUGCCCUGCUUCCUGCUGUCCUGCUCACGGUGGUGGCCAUCCUGGCCUCAAGGAAAGCUCAGCACAGCCUCUCCACCAACAAAACGUGGGAUGGAGAGAUCUAGAAGAGGCAUCCACUUCCUUCAGCUGCUGCAGGUUCCAUCUGGAACCCAAGGGACACAUCUGGUUGUGACUCCAAGAGAGGAUAUCACAGCUGCUUCUGGAUGCAUCCUGCCUCAGGACCACAGCCAACACAACGUGGGGCAGGACACAGUGCUUUGGGCUGUGACAGCAGGAAGGGGCAGAAGUUCCUGCUCACACUACGCAGCUCAGGGGCUCUGCUCUUCUCUGCUCUGCAAAGCCCAUCAGCACAAGCAACCCAUGUGUGUGCUGGUGGGUUUGUCAGCACAGGGAUCCUGGGCAAAUUGUCCUCUCUAUCCUAUACCUGCGAUAACAAGCAGAUCCCCAACCCCUCGCUUUGAUGACUGCUGCAACCCAGCUUUAAUUUCUAUCUUCCAUGCAUCCUCAAGGACUCGUG